AUGCCGGCAUUCGGUGAUCCCUCCGCUUUCCCAACCUUCUACACCCUCCCAGUCACGACCGACUUUGUCGAUGAGACGAAAUCAUGGUAUAUCCUGGCCCAGAUCAAAAACAACAUGACCAUCACGAAGCCAACUCUCAUUGUGACGGACCAAAGUGGCAUGGACUUCGCAGUAACUUUCGAGAAUACGGGCUUUGACCUGAAAGCUAGAGGGUUGAAGAAAGGCAACACGGUUGUUAUCCCGCAAGCUCGCCGAACCGACAAGGGAGAAGGGAGAAAGGAUGUCCUCGUUGUGGAGAGUGAGGAUUGCGAAAGCGUAAAGGCGAUCCCCGGAAAACUAGAUUGGAUCAUGGAGUUGGGUUCAAUGAUGGAUGACGAAACCCACGAUAAGAAAUGCGGCGCUUGUGGAAAGGCCGAAGGUGAAUUGAUGAGAUGUACGGGUUGCGGUGAAGUCGUCUACUGUGGAAAGGUGAGUAUCAAAUCAACACCCUUUGGACCUUGGACUUACGCUUAG